UUUCACAAGUGACAAAAAGUACAUCCUGGUAUAAUGAUACAGCUCAUCUGUCUACAGACGUCUAACAAUCCCGCGGGGCAACUACAGGUAAAUCUAGAGGUGUGCCCCGUCGACAGGAGACUCAAGUCACAGGACGAUGUAUCCGUCUACAAGCUCCAUUGUUGUGGUCCUGUUGAUUAUAGUCCAGGUGUUGAUCACUUCCGCCCAACUACAAACCGGUAACUGGGCCCAGCCUUAUUACCGUGGAUAUGAUGAUGAUGACGACUCAACUAUCGCUAAUAUCGGCUGGUGCCUAAUAAGUCCCGGCCUAGCAUACAAGAUUGGAGUGAUUCGAGGCGAGAAACAGAACGAAAAUGAUGGAGCCGCCGCAUACAGUGUACGGGAGUGUGCUCUAAGGGCAGAUCCGUGUGGGGGUGUCGCCAACACGGACUGCGUUAACUGUUUUCUAAUAGAAAACUUAGCCUCCUGUACCAGUAUCAACGGCUGUUCUGCUGAAGUAGGCUUUUGUGCAUUCUCGUGUCCAUAACCUGCUGUCAAUAAAGUUUCUGUUUAUUUAAUACAUUAAUACAGCAUUCAAAUGAUUGUAUUGUAAA